AUUACUGAAACCUGGAUUACACCCUAUGACACCGCUUCUCCUGCUUCUCUCUCGGCUGGGGGCCUUACAUUCUCACACACACCCCGACCUGGGGGUCGUCAUGGGGGUGGUGUUGGGAUCCUUUUACCCUCAAGCUACACAUACCAACUUAUACCUCCAGAACCAUCUCUUACAUUCUCUACAUUUGAGGUCCAUGCAAUUCGCCUCUACCAACCCACUAAUCUUCGAGUUGCUGUCAUUUACCGUCCACCUGGCAUUUCCUCUAAAUUCCUUGACAACUUUGCUUCCUGGCUACCUCACUUCCUCUCUUCUGACAUUCCCACCAUUAUCCUAGGUGAUUUCAACAUCCCUAUCGAUAACCCCACAAAACCACCUGCCUCUAAACUCCUUAACCUCACAUCUUCACUUGGUCUCUCCCAGUGGACCAGCUCACCCUCCCAUGUGAACGGGAGCUCACUGGAUCUGGUUUUCACUCACCGCUGUGUUAUUUCUGAUUUCUCCAAUUCCCCUUUUCCCCUCUCUGACCACCACUUGCUCUCAUUCAACUUAUCUAUCUCUGCUCCCCCAUCUCUCCCUCCUAAGGCUACCAUCACUAAGCGGUCAGCCGGUAUUGAUCCAGUGGGAAAAACAUCACGGCAGUCGCCCACGUAA